AUGGGGUCAGAGUCUGUGAAAGUUGCGGUCCGAUGUAGGCCACUCAAUGACAGGGAGAGGACCCUUGGCUCAAAGAUGGUGCUGAGCAUGGAUCCGCAGCGGUGUCAGUGUUUCAUAGAGAAGCCGGGAGCCGUGGACGAGCCACCUAAGCAAUUCACUUUUGACGGGACCUACUUCUUAGAUCAAACCACUGAGCAGAUAUACAAUGAAAUUGCAUAUCCUUUAGUUGAGGGUGUCACCGAAGGAUAUAAUGGCACGAUCUUUGCCUAUGGACAAACUGGAAGUGGCAAGUCCUUCACCAUGCAGGGUACAUCCGAGAGCACUGCCCAGAGAGGAAUUAUCCCGAGAGCUUUUGAGCAUAUCUUUGAGAGCAUUCAGUGUGCAGAAGACACCAAAUUCUUGGUGAGGGCGUCCUACCUGGAGAUCUACAAUGAAGAAAUCCGAGACCUUCUGGGAAAUGAUGCAAGACAAAGACUGGAGGUGAAAGAGCACCCAGAAAAGGGCGUAUAUGUACGGGAUCUGUCCAUGCAUACGGUGCACAGUGUUGUCGAGUGUGAGAGAAUCAUAGAUCAAGGAUGGAAGAACCGGGCGGUGGGCUACACCCUGAUGAACAAGGAGUCGUCCCGCUCCCACUCCAUCUUCACUAUCCACCUGGAGAUCUGCAGCACUGACCCUGCAGGUCAGGAUCACCUACGAGCAGGAAAGCUCAACCUGGUUGAUCUUGCAGGAAGCGAACGUCAGUCCAAAACCGGAGCCUCGGGCGAGCGGCUCCGUGAGGCCACCAAGAUCAACCUCUCGCUCUCUGCUCUCGGCAACGUCAUCUCCGCUCUGGUGGACGGUCGCUCCAAGUACAUCCCGUACAGAGACUCUAAGCUUACUAGGCUGCUUCAGGACUCCCUGGGUGGGAACACCAGGACCUUGAUGAUUGCUUGUCUGUCUCCUGCUGACAACAACUAUGAGGAAAGUCUGAGCACUCUUCGCUAUGCCAACCGUGCGAAGAGCAUCCAGAACAGACCUCGCAUCAACGAAGACCCCAAGGAUGCUCUGCUGCGGGAGUAUCAAGAGGAGAUCAAGAAGUUGAGGGCAAUGAUUUCUAAUAAGUUGGAGUCAGAUGGAUUUUUAAAUGCUUCCUCUUCAAAACCAGAUUCCUGCAGCACAGAUGAUGAGAAGGAGAAAAUUAAAAAGGAUUAUGAGCAGCGACUGGCUAAAUUACAGGCGGAUUAUGAUGCAGAGCAGGAGUCCAAGGUGAAGCUGCAGGAGGACAUGGUGGCUCUGAGGCGCUCCUUUGAAUCUAAACUGUCCAACCUGGAGAAGACUCAAGGCAGCAGGGGGAGCUCUGGUGCCACCAACGGCCGCAGAAGACAAAACAUGUCACCGGAAACACUGACUCAGUUGUCUGAACCACCAGAGAAUGAGGACACUCUUCCACAUGAAUCCAGGGUUGUAGACCCCUCUGAGACGACCACAGCUGAAUCUCUUGAUCAAAAACAAGCCCUUAAAAGACUGCAGCAACUGGAGCAGGAGGUUCUGGGCGGGGAGCAGGCCCGGAACAAGGAGCUGCGGCAGAAACAACAGCAGAGGAAGAGUCUGGCUGACCAGAGAAGGAUGCAGCUGAUUCAUGCUCUGUCGGAGAACAGCGAGGAGAGCGAGGACGUUCUGUUUGACGUCUACAACUCCAUCCAGGAGGAAGUCCAUGCCAAGUCUCACAUGCUAUCCCGAGUCCAAGGAAAGCUGAAAGCAGCUAAGCUGGAGAUUCGGGACCUGCAGUCGGAGUUUGAGGCGGAGAGAAACGACUAUCUGAUGAGCAUCCGCCGGCUGGAGAGGGAAGGUCAACUGCUGCACGAUCUGCUGGAGCGCAUGGCGCCCCUCGUGCGCAGAGAUUGCAACUACAGCAGCCUAGACAGACUGAAGAGAGAAGCAGUGUGGGAUGAGGAGAGCGCCACCUGGAGGCUGCCCGAAGUGACGUUGCAGAAAACAACGCUUCCCUCUGCCGUGGUUCCAAAAUCACAACGAGGCUCAGCUGCCGAUGCCGACCUGGAAGAAGAGGAAGACCGGUUUAAGGAAAUGCUGGACCGCAGUGCCAGUGAGAACAUCGCCAGCAGUUACUUCAGGUCCAAGAGGACGAGUCAGUUGUUGGGAGGCGAGACCAGCAAAGCUCACGCAAUUCACUCUCCCACGCAUCUCGCCAGCAACGCUCCUAGCGUCUGCUCACCUGUCAGCUCUGAUGCCGUUCUGCCCCGCCCCUUCCGCCUCGAAUCAUUAGACAUCCCAGUAUCCAGUGGUAAGGUGAAGCGCAAAAAAAGCCAAAUGCUAAAGAUAAGCAAAGAAACCUGAUAAUGUUCUGUUUAGUGCCUGCACCAAUAUUACCUGUUAAUAUGAUGCACAUGAAUGAUUGUGAUCCUAACAUACUGCAUUUUUCUGAAGUUAAAAAAUAAACAAAAAUUAAACACACACACAUAGGCUUGUUAGAUACCAGAUGCCUUUGAUGUACUUGACCACUCCUCACCAUGAUAAGAUGACACCAUGAUAAUGUUGCUUGCAUGAUUGUUGAGUGAAAAUCAGUUUCAGUAAAGCAUUGUACGCGUUCAGAACAUUGGUGCAACUGUUUAUUAACUAAGCAUCAUUUGUUUACUUCUGCCUGAGCAACACUUAAAUACAGACGGUUUGAUAGAACGCACCUAGGUUCUGAGAAUCCAGAACACGGCUGUUUCCAGAACCAGGACCGCCCCCGUGUGAAUGGCCUUUGCGACGAAGAGAAAAGUCACUCACAAUGUGAUUUAUUUUAGUGUGAAAGCUUGUUUGCCAAUGUUGUUUCACGCUUCAAGUAGUAUCAAUCAUGGGACUAGUUUCAGGCCUAGUUUAGGAACUGUUUCAAGACGCAUGGUGCAGUUAACUGAAAAAAUGGUAAUAAAAGGAGUGGUGAAAAUAUAAUUAUUAAUAUGAGAAAGUGUCUUAU